AGGUUUUCUUCGGAUGCCCUGUCGGCAUGGUAUAAAUAUCAGAGCUCAUUCAUGAUUCAUCCCAUUCCCAGCCAAAUCGAAGGUAAAAAAAAAAAUAUUCACGCCCGGAAGGAAAGGUAAAGGGGAUGUCGGGAAUGUCAGGAACAGCGAAACAAUUGGUGGACAAGAAACCCAAUGUUGAUAGGGAGCGCAUCGAUCUCAAAGUUACAGACCAGGAGGGGAAGGAGAUUUUAUUCAAGAUAUGGAGGGACAGUCCCUUGAACAAGCUGAUGAACGCCUACUGUGAGCAGCGGAAAGUGGUUCCUAAAACCUACGUGUUCUUACAUGACGGCCAAAUAAUCCAUCCUCUCAAGACUCCAGAUGAGCUGGAGAUGGAGAAUGGAGCUGAGAUCGCCGCAAUGCUUCAUCAAACCGGUGGCUGCAGCUUUAAGCCUUUAACUAACUGAUGAAUGCCCUACAACAUCCCAAAUGUUUGAACAAGGGUUUGUAAGAUAUAGAUAUAUAUGCCCAUAUUUUGUUAAGCAAACUUACUGCAUGAGGAGGAGGGGUUUCUUUCUCUUUGGUUUUGUUGAAAGAGGAGAGUUUUUUAUUAGGUCCUCUAUCUAGCUAGGUCGAGCGUAGUUCGAUAUGGUUUCGUGGUUUGAAUCUAGGAUGUGUAGGAUGUCAUGUAUAAUCUUCGGGUUUUCUAUGACUUACUGGUUAGCGGGGAGGCUUAACCUCUCUAUUCCCCGUCGUUCGCUUGUGGAUGAAUGCUUAUUAUUAUGAAUGGUGGGUGUUGUUCAUAGUCGGCAAAACCAAACAUUUAGUAGUAUUCUCGUAUUAUUAUGAAAUCAUCUCAUUGUUCUUCUCUCAAAUGUUUUCAUUUGUACAGACUAACUGCAUAUGA